AUGGCCGCCCCCCAGCAAAAAUACCCCUUCUGUGGCUGCUUGCUGUACGCAUCCUCUCGAUGUGAUGAGAGUGUGGGUCUGCAUCAUUCGAACACCGUUCGGGGAUCCGAAAGGAUAAUCGCUUACAUGGCAGUCAAGGGUGUGGUCAAACAUGACGGCGUUCGAGGACUGUAUACCGGUCUCACCGCCUCCAUCUUUCGACAAAUGACAUACAGUGUCACAAGACUUGGUGUCUACGACCUCAUGAAGAAUCAAAUGUCAAAUAAUGGCCAAAAGAAGUUGACGACGGGAGAUAUGGUGAUCUGUGCGAGCACGGCUGGUGCUUUGGGUGGUGUAGCUGGUAACCCUGCAGAUAUUAUCCUUGUCAGGAUGGUGGCCGACCCUACGAAACCUCUUGAGCACCAGCUUCACUACAGAAAUGCCAUCCAUGGCCUGUACAAGAUGGUGGCCAAUGAGGGCCCUGCUUCCCUUGCUCGUGGUCUUGCCCCUAAUACUAUCCGUGCUACUUUGAUGAACGCCUCCCAGCUCGUCUCAUACGACUUCUUCAAGGACCACAUUCUCGCCGCUGGUAUCAUGGAAAACGGCAUGCCUCUGCAUUUCGUCUCCUCCGCCUUGUCUGGUACCGUCGCCACCACCAUAUGUGCCCCCGCCGAUGUCGUCAAGAGCAGAAUUAUGAACAUGAAACCCGGAGCUGGUCAGGGACCGAUUACGUUGUUGACGGAAAGUUUGAAGCUCGAGGGACCGAGAUUCUUGUUCAAGGGAUGGCUUCCCGCUUGGAUCCGUCUCACACCCAACACCAUCUGCAUGUUUGUCUUUCUCGAACAGAUCCGCGGCGCCAUCGACCUCUUCCGUAACAAGUCCUCCGGCGUCGUCGACUCGCCCGUCGCGUAG